AUGCAUGUCGCUUUCGACAAAGUUCACGAAAAAAUAAAAAUAUGCAAAAUAAAAGCCGGGAAUUCAUUUCAGCUGGUCGCCAGAGAACAAAACAGUCAAGCAGCAAAAAGUGAUUCAAGUUGUGGAAUUUUAAAAUCAACGCUGCAUGAAAUUUUAACAAAUUUUAACAUGUCUGAAUGUGAAAACAUAAAAGAUUAG